AUGGUCUGGGACUACGGAGGAAACUUUUUGGACAAUAUACACUAUAAGCAUCACCAAAAAUAUGCCAAUAAUGGACAUACGCCCAAGACGGGAAUCCCCCGGGGCCCCCUGAGGCAUCUUGAUUCUUGGAUCCAAGUUCGAAUCUUGCACCACCCAUCACUCGGCCGACAAUGUUCAGACACCUUCAAAAGCGACAGAAGUUAUCGAAAACUCACCCAGGGACCCAAGCGAGGUGUGAGAGUUCCUGAAAGCCUCCUGAAAGUACUGGAAAAUCCAAUUGUCUACCCCGGGGAUGGCGAUGAGACAGACCACGAGGAUUUGGAAUCUGCUGAGCCCCGCGAUACCGAAGGAUCAACAUCAGAAAAUCCUUCCAAACAUCAGAUCCGAGCUCGAACAAAUGCAUUCCCCAUAUGUUUGGUUUGCCCCGGCAAAGUCCUCAAGACUGAAACGUUGCUGGAGGAGCACUUGAGGGGUCAGGCUCACACGCGAAGAUUAGCUCGUUAUGAAGACUUCAUCCAUAAUCCACCGCCUCACACUUCGCUGUCGCCCGACGCGACAGAUGUGAUUGAAUUACUUGACGCUCUCAUAGGUCCACCGCCAGUCGUCCCAGCAGGUUCUACGCAGCUUAAGAAGAAGCAAAAACGAAGGAAGCGAAGGUCGGCAAAACAUACUCAAUCUGAGAAAACCUCGAAGACUGCUGGCGAAGGAAAUCCCAGCUCCGAAUCCAAGAAAUCCCCACGGAAAAGGAACAAGGCAAAGACACGCGAGAGGGUCCGUAAAGGCAAACGGGAGCGACAAGAAAAGCUUGCGAAGAGUAACGAGGCGGAAACUCCAUGA